AAAAAUGGCGAGCACCAGAAGUCUGAUGUCCUUGGUGAAGCAGAGUUCCCCUCAACGGUUUCUGAGGUUCUACCCUCCCCAUUAUCCUCCUCCUCAAGAUGUUGCUGCGACCAUGCCAUACUGGAUGUACCGUCAUCUAGACGAGACACAAUCGGCUAUCCAAGAAAAGGCUAAAGGAGACUGGAAGGAACUGACCGAUGAGGACAGAAUUCAACUUUACCGAGCCUACCAUCCGGUAACAUUCGCUGAGAUGCAGUACCCUCCCUCCUACGGGUUCCAGGUGUUUGGUGGUUUCUUCUGGCUCAUCUCACUCGCAUUCCCUAUCUUCUAUUUGAUAAAGAAAUACGUCCUAAACCCCGCACCCUUCCAACUUCAUCCUGAUUAUAUGAAUAUGUUGGAGGACAGGUUAGAUGCGCUCCAUAACCAUCCUGUGUGGGGACCAGCCGAUAAGUACUAUGAUGACGGAGUUCUCCAACCAAGGAAGGAUGGCGAAUGGUAAUCUCAACUUCUCAGAACCAACGAACUUUUAGCUAGCCAAGACUCAAUUCGUUAAUUUAUUCAUAAAAGUUUGGACCCUGCGAUCUUUUGGAGAAGCUUUCUGAGCAUAUCAUGUGUUUCCUUCAUGAUUCAAGCAUUUGCAAUCGUAUUAUUUGAAUUUUGGUCAUUUAAUUGCAUCUUUAUCUUCCUCUAGGUAAAAUUCAAUUAUUAGUCUAACUUACUAAUUGAUAAGUCUAACUUACUAAUUGAUUCAUUUGUUUAUACAACUUUUCUUCAUUUCUGUUGAUAACCUUGAUGCACUAGAAAGUCCGUUCACAUAUAUGAAUUAGUAAAAUUAGUGUUUUGUAUCAAA